AAGUCAUCGUCAGUUCACCGUCUGACGUCUAGUUGUGAAGACCGACUUCGCGUUGCUCCUCCAUCUCCCUUACGAGUGUGUUCGCCCUUCGUGAAAAAAAAAAAAGUGUAGAAAAUUUAAUAUAAAAAAAUAAAUCGAGAUGACGAGUCGGAACCUAAGGCACGUGGCGAGAUGCGGACGGCUAUUGGUGCAGAGCUCCCAGGGGCGUGGGGUGAGAUGGGCGUCCGUCGCGGGCGGGGGCGUGGGUGGGCUGCACCAACAGUUACUAUUCGGGGGGAGCCACUUCAGGCUCGUCUCCACCUCCUCCGCCACUCUCAGCAAGGACAAGAAGCCAUACAGCACAGUGCCUCAAAGAGCACCCGACUGGAAUCGAGCUGUCAGUGAUGCAGAGAAGAUUGUAGGGUACCCUACAUCAUAUCUCACCUUGAGAUCGUUGCUGUCGGAUGAAAUGUCAAACAUUGCUGUCCACAUCAGGAAGUUGGUCGGAUCUUCUCAUCCAUUACUCAAGACGGCCAAGAGGCUAAUCUACAAUGGACGAAACAACAUGCAGACCAGGGGCCUUAUUGUACUGCUCUUGUCAAAAGCUGCUGGCCAUGUUGAUCCCGAUGAAAUGGAUAAAGACCAAUCGGCAGGAGUUUCCCAUAGGCAAAGAAGUUUAGCUGAAAUUACAGAGAUGAUUCACACCUCCCAUUUGCUCCACAAAGGCGUCGUUAACAUAUCUAAGGAUAUGUUUGAUGGCACCACCAUGGAGGACAUGAAGUUUGGAAACAAGAUUGCAGUUUUGGCAGGAGAUUACCUGUUAGCAAACGCUUGCACUGGUUUGGCUGCUCUGCGCAACACUGAGGUUGUAGAACUGAUUAGCACAGCCAUUAGUGAUUUCAUGCAAGCCGAAUUUAUCGGAACCAGAGAUAGCCAUGGAAACCCCAUUCCUGACACUGACAUUAAUAUUAAGGACUGGGAACAGAGGAACUUCUUAUCUGCUGGGAGCCUCCUGGCUAAAUCGUGUCGCAGUACAAUGGUACUUGCGGGUCAUGGCGAAGAAAUGCAGAAUAAAGGGUUUGAAUUUGGCAAAGAGCUGGGCUUGGCUUGGCAGGCCUAUACAGACCUUCAACCCUUCUUAGAUUUUUAUCGCCACCCGCCUGGGUCGCCUUUUGACCUGACGUCAUCCCCAGUGGUUAUGCACCUGACUGAAGAUCCUAGUCUCAGGGAAGAGAUCCUGAAAGUUGGAGACGUUUGGGAUGAGCAUGAUUUCAAGAAAAUCCACAAAAUCGUUAUGAGUGGCAAUGGAGUUCAGAAAGCCAAAGACUUGUGCCAAAGACAUUCUGAAGCUGCUCUCAAAGUUCUGCACGAAAGUUUCGAACCUUCGGAUGCUCGCACUGCGCUGGGGAACAUCAUCCAUGCCCUUCGCAUCGAUUAGAGGAGGGCAGAGGAAGAGGUUCUCGCAGUUGUGUGAUCUAGUGCUUGCUGACGGUCGUCAGCCUUGUUUUAAUUGUCAUCAGUAUUGUUGUUAUUUGUACUAAUAUAUAUUAACAAUGUAGAGCGGAAGGGGUGGGGGGGAUUUCUAAGAGCUGAAAGUGCAUUUAAUUCGAUUAGGUUGUGAAAGUUUGUCCCAAAUAAACUGUAUAGAGGGCCACUUGUAAAGUUACAAGUUUGGGGCACACGCUCAUUCUUGUUUAUAGUCUCCCACUGUAUUUUAUGUACCAUGUAACGAUAUCUAACAGAUUACAGAGCAGGAUGGCAUGCAAUGAAGUGAUAAUUCAAUCACAAUAGAGAAGUUUUAAAGUAAUUUCCUUUUUAUGUUAAGGCCUUGAGGUUUUGAAUCUGUCUUCACUAUAAUCAAAACUAACCUCUGUGCUAUAUUAUCUAUUGAAUUUCCAUUCAUUAUUUGGUCACUUUCAUAUAAUGUAUUGAUGAUGUUGCAUAAGAUGCUAAGUCAUUUUUUUUUUAUAAAAAUUCAUGAAUUAACAUUUUUAAUUACGAUGACCUAAGAUCGGAGAUUUCAGGAUUCUCUGAAAUUUGUUAUUCAAAGGACAUGGAAUUUUUUUUCCCAUCCGUUAGAAAUUGCUUCCAGGAUGAUAAAUGCAUUUAGGUUUGCUAACAGAGUUUUGCCCCACAGAGUUCAUUAAGAAUAAUCUGUUGUAAUCCGAAUACUCCAGAAGUGUAGUUAAGGGGAAAGGCAGCAUAGUCUUACAUUACCUGAAGUAACAGUGUAGUAUCAGGCUAUAAUGUCAAGUUGUAAGGAUCAAGAGUUAUGGUGCAUUGUGUUAGAUGCAAUGAACCUUCAAUUUUACCUCGAGUAGUGUCAAAAAUAGGGCAAACUUUACGCAGAGUGCAAUGUAGUCAUUUUAUGGGGAUGCUGUAAAAUGUGAAGUUUAAAGGUCAGUAAGAAAUUACAUUUCCCUUUAGUUUUAAGUGAUUAAACUUAAGGAAGUUGUACCAGAGGCAGUAGGCAUUGAGAGAUUGAAUUUGCCAUUUGGGUGAAGUUUGAUGUUUGUUAAGAGAGACUCAAAACUUACCAAGUGUCGGUCUGGUUUUUCAAUCCGUCCAAUUGAUGUGCUUGUAUUGGUUGUAUAUUUUGCUUUGCUGCUAAUCUCACCUAACAGAGGCUGAAUGAUUGUAUAUAGUUAUGGUAUAAUGCUAUUCACUUAUAAUUGGUACUGUACUCUUUAAUAUCAUCAGUACAAAACUCCUCAUUUCUGCAAUAACUCAUAUGAUAGAUUGCAUCUAUAGGAUACUCUUAUAAUUUUGGAAUAACUUCUAGAUCUACUCAUUGUUUGAAACUGGCAAAUAGUUACUAAUGUGGCCUCUGGUUAAGUAAAUUUUACUUUUCAGCAUGUGGAUUUUUCUCAAUUUUUGUUCAAGCAAUUAAGAGUAUUGUUUUGGAAGGUACAUUUCAGCAUUAUCUAUUAUUUUGGAAGGUACAGGUCAACGUUCUGUGCAAAUCUAUUAAAAUUCCUCCCGUUCCAUGUGCAGAACAAAUUUGCAUUUAUUGCAUUUAAUGUGGGCUAUUUUGCUUUAUGCAGUUUUUCUUUAUAGUCCUCUUCUCCAUGACACUAAGGCAUACAGAGCCAUUAGAAUGUUAUGCCCUAGAAUGUCAUAGUGGUAUGCAAUCUUUGCUUUCCCACAGAAAUUUGUUAGUAUUUGCAUAAUCUGUACAGGAGCUGUUUAAACAAAGCUUAAUCCCAAGUUUUAGGUGAUGUUUGCUCCCAUCUCUGCAAAAUGAAGUUUUGAUUUAAAUUGACACAUAGGUGUUCAAAAAGUUUACGGUAUCAUUUGUCCAUGUCAGUAUUGUAUUUCAUUGUUGGUUCUUGACCAAAGCUGAUUUGAUCUUUUAUUGAAAAUGGCCUCUAAAUGCAAUGUGAAAAUAGGAAUUCAUAAACUAUUUUUCACGGUAGGUAUAAAAUGUUGACACUAAGUAGUUUCAGAAUUCUGUAUCAGUUUUGACCUGCAGGAGUGUCGUUUUAUUACUUCCUUGCAGGAGAGUGCAAUUUCAUUAUUUUCUUGCCGUGGUCAUUAGCUCUUAAGUUUUAACAAUAAGGUGCACUGAAAUGCUCAAAUAUUUUGUUGUUUUUCCUUGGUACGAGUACAGUAUAUUUUUUAUGAAUGUUAGAAGCUUACAAUUAUUUAUGGUUUUAUUAAACAAGGGUCAUCUUUGUACAUAUGUUCUUGAAGUGUAAAUAGACCUUUAUUAUAUGUACAUUUAGAUGUAGAAUUAUUUUCUUAAGGUGGUUGUUUUUGUUCCUUGUUUUUUUAGUCUGUUACGGUGUUUUGGGAUGUUUAUAAUAAAUAUUUAGAUAUAUAA